AUGACGACAAGAUGGACGAGGAAAAGGAGGAGAAGGAGGAAAAGGACGAAAUGGAGGAAGAGGAAAAGGAAAAGGAAACGAAGAAAGAAAAGAAAAAUGAAGACGACGAGGAGGAAGAGGAAGGCGGAGGAGGCGGAGGAUAAGAAGAAACAGAGCAAGAAGGAGGAAGAUGAGGAGAAUGAAGAUGAAGAGGAGGAGGAGGAGGAUGAAGUGGCGCCAGAGCGCAAGUUCCUGGAGGAGCUGGUGGAGGCGGGCCACUUUGAUCGGGACGUGGUGCGCGUGGAUCGCGUGGUGGCGCGGCGGGAGGCCAAGGGCGGCCCGGAGUACCUGAUCAAGUGGCGCACCCUCCCCUACGAGGACGCCACGUGGGAGGCCGAGGCCGAGCUCCGCCUCCUCGCGCCCAACUGGGCCAAGAAGCUCCGCCAGUUCAAGGCCCGCGAGAAGCUGCCCUCGCUCGCCAGCCGCCUGACCGUUUGCACCACCGGCGCACACAACAUUCAACAGAAAACGUUCCGAAGGCCCAAGCCGAGCGCGUUCGAUGACGACGCCGAGUAUGUGCCGAACUACUCGGAUCCCAACCUGACGCUGCGCGACUACCAGGUCGAGGGCAUCAAGUGGCUCGUGUACUGCUGGUACAAGCGCCGCAACUCGAUCCUCGCCGACGAGAUGGGCCUGGGCAAGACCCUGCAGAGCGUGUCCAUCCUCCAGUACCUCGUCCAGGAGGAGGAGAACAGAGGGCCAUUCCUGGUGGUGGCGCCGAUGAGCACGAUCGAGCAGUGGCGUCGCGAGGUGGAGGGCAGGACCUUCAUGAACUGCGUCGUGUUCCACGGCACCGAGGAGGCGCGCAACCUAAUCCGCAAGCACGAGUUCCACUACACCGACUCGCGCGGUCGUCGCGUGGGCGGCAGCGGCCUGUACAAGUUCCACGUGCUCAUCACCACCUUUGAGAUGGUGCUCAAGGAGACCUUCCUCGGCAAUAUCGAUUGGCAGUACAUGGUCAUCGACGAGGGCCACCGCAUCAAGAGCAAGAAGACCAAGCUCUUCCAGCAGCUCUUCCAGUACAACGCCCAGCACAAGCUCAUCCUCACCGGUACCCCCAUGCAGAACCACAUCGAGGAAUUGUGGACCAUGCUCCACUUCCUCAACCCGGAGGAGUUUGAUGAUGUCGACGAGUUCAAGGUGGAGUACGGCGAUCUCAAGACCAAGGAGCAGGUGGACAAGCUCCAGGCCUCGCUCCGACCCUACAUGCUUCGGAGGAUGAAGGAGGACGUCGACAAAACGAUUCCGCUCAAGGAGGAGACCAUCGUGGAGGUGGAGCUCACUUCGACGCAGAAGAAGUACUACCGCGCUAUCCUCGACAAGAACCGCGAGUUCCUGUACCGCGGCGCUAAGUCCAACUCCAACCUGCCACAGCUGACCAAUAUUCUGAUGGAGCUGCGCAAGUGCUGCAACCACCCGUAUCUGAUCGCGGGCGCGGAACGACGCAUCUUGGACGACGCUCCCCCUUGCAAGGGGGCGUCGGCCGAGGAGAAGGACGUGCUGGCGCACCAGGCGCUCGUCAACUCCUCCAGCAAGCUCGUGCUCCUCGACAAGCUCCUCACCAAGCUGCGCGAAGAUGGCCACAAGGUUUUGAUUUUCAGUCAGAUGGUGAUGAUGCUGGACAUAUUGGAGGACUACCUCAUCAUGCGCGGCUUCCCGAUGGAGCGCCUCGACGGCGGGGUGGGACGGCGGGACAGGCAGGCGGCCAUCGACCGCUUCACCAACCCCGAGGUCGACUCGUUCGCCUUCCUCCUCUCCACACGCGCCGGCGGCCUGGGCCUCAACCUCACCGCGGCCAACACCGUGAUCAUCUACGACAGCGACUGGAACCCGCAGAAUGAUCUUCAAGCCCAGGCGCGUGCGCACCGCAUCGGCCAGACGCAGCAGGUGAAGAUCUAUCGCUUCGUUACGCGGAACACGUACGAGAGCUACAUGCUCGACAUCGUGUCCAAGAAGCUGGGCCUCGAGAGCGCUAUCAUGAACGACGACGACGAGAUGAAGAAGGAGGACAUCGACAAGUUGCUCAAGUACGGCGCCUACCACCUCUUCCAAGAGGACGCCGAGGAGCAGAAGCGACAGGAGCACGUAAUGCUCAACGAGGACAUCCACUCCAUUCUGGGCCGCGCUCACACUAUCCAAUACGAUCGAGACACGGAGGAGAAGGGAGCAGCGGCUGCGUUUAAGGGUCUGUCGAAGGUGACCUACGCCACGUCGUCGAGCGACAUGGACAUCAACUUGGACGACGACAAUUUCUGGGAGAAGGUCCUGCCGGAGAUGAAGACCUCCAAGUCGCUCGCGGCGCGUGUUGCCGCCGGCCAGGUCGAGACCGAGGCCCAGCGCGAGGAGUUCAUCCGCGACAUCACGGCGCUGGUUGAGGAGGUCAAGGAGGGCAUGAUGUCCCGCUCGGCCUCCUACGCCUACCAGUCUGCCCACUCGGGUCGCGAACUCCACGCCUUCCUCGUCAAGCUCAUCACUCACAAGUCCUUCACCGACAAGGAGCGCGAGCGGCUGAUGGAGCUCCAGGCCGAGGUGGGCGACGGCAAGCGUACGCGCACGCAGGUGCAGCGGAUGGGGCAGGAGCGCGGGCGGCGCGGGCAUCGCGCGGCCAAGGCCGUGGCGGAGGAUGAGGGCGAGGAGGCCUCCGAGUACGAGGCCGAGGAGAGCGACGGCUCGAGCCCGUCGGAGGCCGGCGGCAAGACCGGCCGACAGGGCCAGCCCGGCGGCGGCAAGGGUCCGGUGCGGGAGACCCUGCAGGUGCGGCGCGAGCGACUGUCGGGCGCGUGGAAUGCGAAGCAGCUGAAGGUGCUCAAGUCGUGGCUGCUGGCCUCGGGCUACGGCCGGUGGCAGGAGCUGCUCGAGGACAACUACAACCUCAACAUCACCAAGCACCCGGAGCAGGUGCAGGCCCUGGCCGAGUGCCUGAUCCAGCUCUGCUUCCACAACAGCGACCCCGCGGCCAAGGACGCCGCCGACAAGCCCCGCUCUAGGAAACGCCAGUACCGCCAGAUCCUCGAGGAGAAGAGCUUCUACGCUCAGGUGCUGUCUGAUUCCCUGUCCGGAACGCUGACGGACCUGAUGACCAUGCACAAGAAGUGGGCUGCCGCGCAUGCCAAGAAGCCCGUCAAUGUCGAGGGUACCAUGGAGGUGGACGUACUCGUGCGGGACGGCGUGGGCCGUAUGAACGGAUUCGACGGCAAGUACUGGCCGGGCCACGUGCUCUACGUCGAGGUCAAGGUGCGCGACCCGGAGAAGGACCAGGUCCAGCUGUUCCUCCUCGUCUCGCUGCUCUCCGACGCCAAGCACAUCGACGCCGGCUACCUCCGGACCUACCCGCUCACCAAGAAGAAGGCCGACGAAGAGUUCUACACGGCGGUGGUGCACGCGCCGGGCUUCGAGGGCAAGUACUCGCUCGAUGUGGUCUACUUUGAGACACGGCAGUACCCCAACUCCACCAACGCCAAGGGCAAGUUCACCGAGAGGAGAUGUAGCAUGCAUGUGUGGCACGAGAUGAGUCCGACGGAGGCGGCCGGCGCGGAGGGUGCGGCGGUCGAGGGCGGUGAGGCGGCCAACAAGCCCAAGCUCUCCCUGACCACGGCCGCGGCCACGCCCACGGCCUUCCGGUUCUCCGUGGUGCCCCACCCGCUCGUCUCGGGCGAGCCCAUCGAGUCCCUCCAGCGCCAGCGCAAGCAGUACAACGUGCGGCUCUUCAUUCUGCGUCACCUCAAGGCCCUCAUCGAGCAACACGAGAAGAAGUGGGACACGCUGGAGAUGCCGAAGCUGAACCUGAACCUGCCGGCGGACUGGUGGACGGCCCAGGACGACCGCAACCUGCUCCUGGGCGUGCACCGACACGGGUGGGGCCGGGUCAAGGAUCUCCGCGACAACGUCGAACUCGGCUUCUCCACCGCGGCGCUCCGCGCGCGCACGCAGAAGAAGGGCAAGGCCACCACGUCGGGCAACGACAAAAAGAAAAAGGGCGAAGAAAAGAAGGAGAAGGAGAAGAAGGAUGAUGAAGAGGAGGAGGAGGAGGAAGAAGACGACCAAAAGUCGAAGAAGGGCGAUGAUGGCGAUGUCGACGACCCGGACUUCCCGACGGCGGCCACGCUCAACAAGCGACUGACGCGCCUGGUCGAGGAGCUGGCCACCACGGCCAAGCCCACGCCUCCGCCCACCGCCAAGAGCCCGACAAAGAAGGUCGUGAAGACGACGAAGGCUGCGUCCUCCUCCUCUUCGAAGAAGACAACGACCAAGAAGAAGGACAAGGUCAAGGACACGAAAGAGAAGGAAAAGACGAAGAAGAAGACGAAGAAGGACGAGGCCAAGCCGAGUAAGGGCAAGGAGACGACGAAGUCGACGAAGGCCAAGACAUCAUCGACCAACGGCGCCAAGCAGUCCGCCAGCGAAAGCAACGGCAAGCACGACGAAGGCGAAGACGAGGGCGACUUUGUCACGCGACCCGUCAAGAAGGCCAAGCGGACCACCACGACCACCAAGCCCUCGUCAUCGUCCAAGUGA